AAACCGUGGAAACCUUGCCCUGGCUCAUUCAGUUGGCUGUUGGCGCUCGGCUUGGCUUUUUGGCUUUUUGACUCACGCGAUCGGGAAACGCGUUUCGCGGCAAAGGCUCUUCCAAUAAUAACGGGUUUCUCGGAUGCGACACUCGAUUCGGAAGCUUUUCUAAAAUAGCCAAUAUCGUGUGUGGCAAUCACUUAAGCCCUACAGUCAGCAAAACAAUAGCAUUAAGAGCAAUAUAACCUUUAGCAUUUUUACAUCCCAUAGCCUUGGCUUGGGCAAAGAGUUUUAAUUGAACACAACUUUAGCCGGUUCGAAGCUGUUUUAGCCAACUGGUACUGGUACCUUACCUACAUUAACAACUACCACCGAAAAAACACCUGCAAAUCAGCAUAGGCCCAAUUGUCGCACUGUGAAGUGAGCCGAAGUGAAGGUGUAAUUGCGCAUAGUGUACAAAGAAUAUCGAGUAUAAGAAGUGGCUUAAAAAACCGGUUAGAUUUCUGCCGGCAAUAUGGAUACGUCGCAAAGGAACCACCAAAAUGCAGCCUUCGUGGGCGACGACGGACGCAGUACGGCCAGCACAGUGGAGAUUUCGACCAACAGUUCAGCCCUGCGGGCUAAUUCCGAUGACCAGGAGGCAGCCAAAGUGCCAGAGGAGCGUGCCACUUGGGGCAAGGGCGUGGAGUUUCUGAUGUCCUGCAUCGCCAUGUCCGUGGGCCUGGGAAACGUGUGGCGAUUCCCCUUCACUGCCCUCGAUAAUGGCGGUGGCGCCUUCCUCAUACCAUAUCUCAUUGUUCUGUUCCUGAUUGGCAAACCGAUUUACUAUCUGGAAAUGGUAAUUGGCCAGUUUUCCAGUCGCGGCUCGGUUAAGGUGUUCGAUUUGUGCCCGGCCAUGAAAGGUGUCGGAAUCGGCCAGGUGAUAUCCAUAUCCAUGGUGACCACCUACUAUGUGGCCAUAAUGGGCAUAACCCUGCGCUAUCUGUACGAAUCGUUCCGGUCGCCGUUGCCCUGGUCUGAGUGCCGACCGGAAUGGGAAUCCUUCUGCGUGGCGUCCAGUCUGGGUAACACCUCCCGGCUGGCCAGCCCCAUGGACAUGGAUAGGCUGCCCCAGCGGCAGCCCGUGGCAUCCGCGGAGUUGUAUUUUCUUACGGAAGUGCUGCACGAGAAACCCAAUAUCGAGGAGGGAAUCGGCCUGCCAAACUGGGAGUUGGUCAUUGGGCUGUUCGUCGCCUGGGCCUGUGUGUUCCUCAUCAUUCGUCGCGGAGUGAAGAGUUCUGGCAAGGCAUCCUACUUCCUGGCCCUCUUCCCGUACGUCAUCAUGGGUGUCCUUUUGGUGCGAGCUGUGACUUUGCCUGGCUCAAUCGAUGGUAUAUACUACUUCAUAAAGCCGCAAUGGGGAAAGAUUCUGGACCCAAAGGUCUGGUACGCAGCGGUAACCCAGUGCUUCUACUCCCUGUCCGUUUGUUUCGGCAACAUCAUCAUGUACUCCUCGUUCAACAAGUUCGGCCACAACGUGCACAGGGAUGCGGCCAUUGUGACGGGUCUGGAUACUAUGACCUCCCUGUUGGCUGGAUUCACGAUUUUCGGUAUACUCGGGCAUCUGGCCCACGAAAUCGGAACCGAUGACAUCGGUUCAGUGGUGAAGGGCGGUGCCGGACUGGCCUUCAUCUCAUAUCCCGAUGCCAUUGCCAAGUUCAAGCAGCUGCCCCAGAUCUUCUCAGUGCUGUUCUUCCUCAUGCUCUUCGUCUUGGGCAUAGGAUCGAACAUUGCCAUGACCUCCUGCUCGGUGACCGCCAUUCGGGAUCGGUUUCCCAACUUUGGGCAGUGGCAGUGCUCGCUGCUCAUAGCGGUUGUCAGCUUCAUCAUCGGAUUAGUGUAUAUAACACCGGGCGGUCAAUAUAUGCUGACUCUUGUGGACUUUUUUGGCGCCUCCAUGAUCGCUUUGGUGCUGGGAAUCGCCGAGCUGUACACCAUUGGAUGGAUUUAUGGCACAGAUCGCCUGUGCAAGGACAUUGAGUUCAUGCUGGGUCGCAAAGUGGGCCUGUACUGGAGACUCUGCUGGAGCAUCUUUACUCCAGUGAUCAUGACUGUUAUUCUGAUCUAUUUCUAUGCGACCUACCAGCCUCUAACCUACAACAAUAUUGUCUAUCCGAAUUGGGCUUACACUAUUGGCUGGCUGAUAACUGCCUUCGGAAUUCUUCAGCUGCCCAUAUGGAUGAUUGUGGCCAUUGUUCGAGAUCCAGGUCAGACUCUCGGUGCGAAGAUCCGUGGUGCCUUUACGCCGAAGAAGAACUGGGGACCCAGUGACCCUCUUCUCCGGGAACAGUAUCACAAGGAAAUCGAGAACGAAUUGACGCCGAAACGGGGUCAGGGAAUUUGGGCUGCCAUCAAGCAAAACAUAUUUGGUUGAUCCAUCAUCAGCGUGGACAAACUUGCAACAAUCGCUCAUGUAAAUAAUCGUAAUUUAAGAGAAAAGAAUUUAAAAGAUCUUGUAUAAAUCCUAAGUCUGCCAAUAAACUUAAUAAGUAUGUA